AUGAGCGGCAUGCCUCUGCCUUUGGGCCUAGAGACACCAAAUGGUGAGGUCCUUGAGAGCAGCCAGGGGGAAACGAGGAAGCGAGAGAUCCGCGAGCACCCUAUCUAUAUGAGGCGAAACAGUGGCAUUCCAACCUAUGGACUUCGACAGUCCAUCCUCGUUAAUAAACGGCUCCAGGACUGUUAUGUUGACACCCCCACUCUCACCAAUAUUUGGACUUCCAAGACGUAUGCAAACCCGAGCGUAGCUUCGAAGGGCGGCCUCACGUCUUCUUGGGAAGUUGUCAAGAACCCCCUAGUGUCGAGCUCCUUCUCGCUGGUUAAGUUAGUCCUCAGGAGGCAGCUGAAGGACAAAUGCUGCCCCAUCCCUCCCAAGUUAGGCACUGAGGGGAAGGCACGGAAGAUCCCAAAGAUAAAGACCAAGGGCACUGGGCCGGUGAGGGCCGACCCGGGGGACGGGGACGCUGAGUCUGUCCCAGACAAAGACAAGAGCCCUUCUGGGAAGCCAUCGGGCACGGCGGAUUUGAUGAGGUCUACGGGACACGAUAGUGAGAGUGAAGAAAGUCAAAAGGAGGAAAAGGAGGCAGCAGUCGGUGAAGAUCUCCAGGACGGAGCUGUUACCCAAAUUCCCCUAGGGGAAAGUGAAGGACCGGUGGGGGAGACGCAAGACCUUCCUCUAGGAAAUCGAGGUGAACAACCACCCCAGGACACGCUCAUCAUCCACGGGCUCUCCGCUGAGCAAUACACGGCCCUGUACCACUCGGUGGUGGAGCCCAUGCUGUGGAAUACAUCAGGAACCCCCAAGAGAUACAGCUUGGAGCUGGGGAAGGUCAUCAAACGAAAGCUCUGGGAAGCCCUGUGCAGUCAGGCCACGGCCCCCAGCCCUGAGGGAGCAGGCUCCGGAGGAGUCGCCAACGAUCCCGGGCCACCCGGGAAGCGCCCAGGUCCCAAACCGGACAGGGAGGUCGGUGAGCAACCAGCAGUGCCCAAGUGGCCCAAGCUAGAAUAA